CACAACCUCAUCCAUGUACACGUCUCAUAUUUCUCUCUACGCAAAACGCUCAGCAACCGCAUUCACCCUCCCAUUCCGUCGCCCAUCUCACUCGCCCCUCACCUUACCCCGCAGCAGCAGCCAUCAGCUCCGCGCCUUGCGCCCCGCGCCCCGCCUCCACGCCGCAUACAACAUGCCUUCGGAAGCGCAGAUCGUCAAAGUGGAAGAACUCCCCGCCAGCUCGGCGAAAUGGAUCUCAUUCCAAAAGAUCUCGUGGCACGACCAGACGGGCAAGCCGCGCGUGUGGGAAGCCGCUGCGCGCAAGACACGCGGCAAAGCCGGCGUCGACGCCGUGGCCAUUUCAGCUAUCAUCCGGCAUCCCGCGCGCCCGCCUGCCACCAUCAUCAUCCUGCAGUACCGGCCGCCCGCAGCCGCUGUCUGCGUCGAGCUUCCCGCGGGUCUCGUCGACGAGUCUGAAUCUCCCUCUGACGCCAGCCUGCGCGAGUUGCAUGAGGAAACGGGGUAUAAGGGCCAGUUGAAAUUUAUCAGUCCGACAAUUGUAUCGGAUCCUGGGAUGACGACGGCGAAUAUGCAGCUUGCGGUUGUCGAGGUCGAGUUGAAGGAGGGCGACGAGGAACCGCAGCAGGCGCUGGAUGAUGGCGAGUUUAUCGAGAGGGUCGUUGUGCCGCUCGAUGAACUGUAUGAGCGGUUGCUCAAGUAUGCGGACGAGGGAAAGUCGGUGGAUGCGAGGUUGUGGCAUUGGGCGGCAGGGUGGCAUGCGGCUAAGACGAUGGUGUGAGAGUGGAUGGUUUGUAUCGGGUCGAGUAUGUCUGUGAUGAUUGGGUGUAGAGUUU